AUGUCCUCGACGAGGGCUAUCAAGAAGAGCGCCUUCUCAUGCGAGCCGUGCCGUCGGCGCAAGGUCAAAUGCGGCGGAGAACAGCCGACCUGCAAUCGUUGCGCCGCCCGAGCCGAUGAGUGCGUCUAUAAGCUUCCAGUUGUGUUGACUUUCGCCAACAGCAACCCGACCCUGUCGUACACGUCGCGCUUGGAGCACCGCAUCAAGGAGCUCGAGGCUCAGCUCGCCGCCGCAAAGGCGCAUGGCCACGGGCCGUCAGAGCCUUCCCGGACGUCGUCGCCCAGCAUCGGGCCGUCGGCGGGCCAGUCGCCCAUGACCGACUCUCACCACUUUGAAUCCCAGGACGAGGAGUCGGUGAGCGAGAGCUUCAAGGGCCUCAAGGUCGACGACAAGGGCGCCAUCACCUACCAUGGCUCCACCAGUUUCUUCCAGCUGCCGGGCGACCGGCCUUCGGGGGCGAGGGAUCAGCAGUCGACGUCGAACCAGGCCAUGCAGAGGCGCGAGAGGCUGGUUGCCAACGCAUGGCAGCAGAGGGCGCUCGAGAACAUGUCUGAUAUCCCACCCCUUUUCAACUUCAUCUACAGACCUGCCUUCACCCGCGACAUGCAGACGCUGGGACCAUACUACUCCCAUACCCUGAUGAACGCAGUGUUGUCACACUCGAUCCGCUGGGGCCGCAGUGACCCUGCAACAAAGGAGAAGCUGGACGAGUUCUACGACGGCGGCGCGCUCUUCGGCAAACAUGCCCGCAGCAUGGUCUUCGAGGAGCUCAGCCAGGGCAUCUGCUCCAUCCCGACGGUCCAGACCUUGCUGCUGCUCAGCGCGCAGGAGUGCAGCGUCGGCAACAGCGCGCAGGCGUGGACGUACAGCGGCCUGGCCUUCCGCAUCAUCGACCACCUCGGCAUCUGCGUUGACGGCCAGAGAUACCCCGGCUCGGUGCAGCUGACGGACGAGGACGUCGAGAUCCGCCACCGGCUGUUCUGGAGCUGCUACUUCUGGGACAAGAUGAUCAGUCUCUACCUCGGGCGCUCGCCGUCGCUCCAGCAGACGUCCGUGUCGCCGCCCCAGAUCAUGUUCGACGACUCGUCCGAGAACGAAUCGUGGACCCCGUUCGGCGUCGUCCCCGAGGGCGGCUGGAAGUACCCCCCGUCCGCGGCCCACUCGACGUCCUGCUUCAUGCAGAUGUGCCGCCUCUCGAUUGUCUUCAACGAGAUCCUCGUCCACAUGUACGACCCCGUACGCCCCAACAGCCAGGCCGAGAUGCAGGACUGUCUCGCCAAGCAAGAGGUCGCCCUGCGCCAGUGGUGGGACGACCUGCCUCCUCACCUCAAGAUGGAGCCCGCGUCGCUCCCCGCGUUGGCGCCGCCCUCCCACAUCAUCACGUUGAACGUACUCUACCGCACUUUCAAGAUCCUCCUCUACCGCCCCAUGCUUUCACAGCGGAGCAGGGUCGGGGAGAACUUGCAGCCGGUACAGAGGUAUCUUGGCGAGUGCGUGACGUCUGCGACGGGCAUCAUCGCCAUCUUCGACCUGUUCUGCCGAUCCUUCGGCAUCAGCCACUGCGUCCUCUCCCUCUCGUACAGCGUGUACAUCUCCGCCUCCAUUUUCCUGCUCCAAGUCCAGUCCAGCGUCGACGACACCCAGGCGCUGCGUCGGCUGGAGUACUGCGCCCGCAUCCUCGCGUCCGUCAAGCGCAUCAACCCAGUCAUCAGCAGCGCCCUGAACCUCAUCGUCCGCGAGCUCGUCAGCCUGGGCAUCGACGUCGGCGCCCUCGGCCUACCCAAGACGGACGCGAUCCCGCCCAUGGCGACCUAUGGCAUCCCGCAGCCCCGGCCGGCCAACGUGCCGCCCACAUCCAUGCCGCCGGGCCCCGAGGCGACCAGUUCGCCCGAGCAGAUCUACAAUUUCCCCUUCGUCGACACACUCGGCCCGGAGGCCUUCGCCAUCGACCCGCAGGUAUUCCAGACCAUGUCGUCCAUAGAGCCGUUGAGCGUCCGGGUCGGCGCCAUAGAUGAAUAG